CAAUUAACACGACGAGCUGUGGCUGAACUGUUGGAAACAGCUUGCUCGAGGCGAAAUGACGAACAAAACAAAACGCGUUUCCUCAACGCCUGCCAGCCUGAAACUUUGAAGGCUCUGAGAGUGUAUGCUUAACUGCACAAAGGUGCACAGACUUGAAAUAUGGCGUCAAAGAGAGAAGUUGUCAAGGGGUAGACUUCAUUUCUCUACAAGUUGUCACCAACCCCCCCCCCCCCAAAAAAAGGGCAAUGUGAAAACCAUCUUCUUUUAAAUUUUCACCAGUCCCCAGGUAAUGACCGUUAGUUUCUAACUGUAUAGAGCAGUACUGUUCACCAUGCGGUUUGGCGUUCCGCCAACGGUCUGCUUGCUUCUGACGAUAGCAGUCUGUAUUGAUGAACUACCCGAGUUAGGAGGAAUGGCAUUCGCCUACCGAGACGGCGAUGAACCUCUACCGGUGUAUGUUGGCGGAUUCUUCCCGAUUGGAUUCCAGCCCUUCUUUUCUUCUCUCCCCUUGACCGUGCAGUCGGCAGUGGACCAUGUCAACAACUUGACGGGAAUAUUGGACGGCUACGAGUUGCGGAUGCGGUGGAACUGGACUCAGGGAAGUCCCGCCAACGCCCUGGGACUCCUGAACGACUUCAUCCAGAAUGGGCCACCGGUUGUAAUGACAUGGGGCCCCAUGUUCUCCAGUGUCGCAGUGGUGGUGAAUGAGGUGGUGCCUCUCUACGGUAUCGUUCAGGUGGUAAUCGCAUCAUCAACCACUCUGAAGGACCGGGCCCGUUAUCCGCUGACGGUGCAAGUCUCCGUGGACGAGGAUUUGUUGAAUCCCACCCGAGUGGCUUUUGUAAAGCGCAUGGGAUGGAGGAGGGUGGCGCUGAUAUUCGAAGAUAACGAGUAUUUCAGACAGAAUAUGGCAAAGCUUGCUCACCAACUGCGGGAAAAUAACAUCACUGUUUUGACGACAGAAGCUGUCACGGAUCCGGACAAUUCCGAUGAACAAAUACAAAGUCUCAAGAGGCAUGAUGCCCGGGUGAUCAUUACGGCGUUCUAUCCUGAUCCAGCAGCUAAACUAUUUUGUAAGGUCUAUAAAGCCAAGCUGUUUGGCGCGAAGUAUGUGUGGAUUUUGCCAGGCUGGUACCCUGACGGCUGGUGGCGUGAUCUGCCUGAUGUGUCCUGCUCCAAUGACGAAAUUGCCGCAGCGCUGGAUCUGCACGUGGCUUUUGACGGUGACCAGGCUGUGAGUGACGUUUCCCUGAUCGAUUUCAAUGGAGUGAAACCAUUUCCAGAGCAACUUGAAUAUCUGGAAAGGCUUCACAAUAUGGAGGACAAUUCUCGUGACAUUUACGCCUACGACUGUCUGUUUACGAUGGCCAUGGCUCUCAACGCCUCGAUAGGCGAGCUGCUGCAGCUGACACCACCAAGGCGGCUGAACCAGUUUGAGUACGGAGAUAAGAAUAUGGCCGAGAUUCUCUUGCGAAAUACACUGAAGGCAGAAUUCGUCGGUUUGACGGAUCUUGUUGUCAUAGGUGAAGAAGGAGUUCGCCAUUCAACAGUCUACGUUGAACAGUUUCAAGACGGACAACCGGUGAGGAUCACCAAUUACCUUGCCGAUGGCGAUUACAAGAACAUUCCCAAUGCGACAAUACGGUGGAAAGGCUCGGGAGUACCCAUUGACGGGAGGACAGAAAUACCGCGGCUCGUUCAAAUCUCUUUGCCCUAUCAAAUCGGAAUUUUCACCGUAGCAGGCUUUGGCGUUCUUCUUGCUUUGUUAUUCCUUGCCCUGAACAUUGCUCUCCGUAACCAAAGAGCCAUUAAGAUUUCCAGCCCGCUUAUCAACAAUCUGAUUGUCUUGGGCUGUCUUCUCCUCUAUUCGUCUGUGUUUGUGUCUGGCCUCGACACAUCUGGUAUAACAGAUGGUUCUUUCAUCCUCUUGUGCCAUGUGAAAGUCGGCUUGAUAUGUGUCGGUAUAUCACUGUCGUUCGGGUCUCUGUUGGUCAAGACGUAUCGCAUCUUUGCCAUCUUCCAAAAGGCUGUUGCCAGAUUCAAGAAGAUCGAUCUGCCCGACAAGAAAUUGAUUUUCGUUGUCUUGGGUCUUGUACUGGUCGAUUGUAUCAUCAUCAUACUAUGGGUUUUCGUCGGACAGUCCACAGUCAACACCUUCCACCUUGAGGCCCAAUUGUCAGACACGGCAAGUCCAGAGAGCGAGACGUAUAUUAUACCUGUCCUGAGACAGUGUGGGUCCAACCAUGAGAUUUACUUCAUCUGCGCCAUCUACGGCUUCAAAGGAAUCCUUUUGGUAUUUGGCGUAUUUCUGUCGUGGGAGAACAGAAAUAUCACCGUCGCAGGACUCAACGAUAGUAAAUAUCUAGCUUUGUCCGUUUACAUCGUCGGGAUCACCAUUGUUCUAGCUGUCCCCGCUCUUCAAGUCUUCGUCAACAAUGUCGAUGUGCAUUUCUGCAUCUUGGGUUUCGCAAUCGUCUUUGCUAACACUGCCGUCUUGUGCUUGGUCUUUGCUCCCAAGUUUGCUCUGUGCUACUCCACCCGCGGAAAUCAACUUCGCAUCAGUUUGAUGGAAGCAUCCAGCGUGUCGAUGGGUACCAAGUCAGUAUCAUCGAGUUAUCGAGACAAGACCAGGCUCAGCGAGCUCCAAGAUGAGCUUCAACAGAAACGGCACACUCUUGCUGGUCUCCUGGCAGAUUUAUAAGGUGCAAGCGACUUCUCAGCCUACAUCUGACAGCAGAAAACUGUAGGGCGAGAAUAGUCGCUGUGUAUAUGUAUUAUAGUCCGUCUGACCGUAAGGAACCACACCAUCACCACUGCAAGAGGCACAGUACCACAAACACAGAUGGCACUUAACGACAAUAAAACUAUAGUCUCAAUCAAAGAUUAUAUAGAGCUGCAUAGCGGCGCAAGAUGGGUAAUUCUGCCACAAGGGUGUUAUCACCAUGGGCGCAAUUUGAGUGUGAACGUUAGUGUGUGUGCGUGCCUGUCGCGGCGCCUACGCGCACGUACAUUAACAUGCACUGCGCAGGCGUAGUCCAACCAGAA